GCCCACCUUAGAAACCCGCAGGCCGGUAGGGCCGGGCUGACCCGUGUGGAAAUCUUCCUCUUAUUCUCAGCUCUCCCACUGAGGCAUAAGUCUUAAGGAGAGCCUUAGUCUCUCAACCGCUCUCAAACUCAGUUCGUUUGUUUCCCUCGUGGACACCAUGAGUGUGGCCCCGGAUUGCCCCCCAAGCCUGUCCUGCUCGGAAGCCGCGGGUUCCGGGGACCCCUCGCCGACGCCUGAGGUUCCCAGGCCUGCGGAGACCUGCGGCGCCCUGCAGCCGCCUGAGGCCGAGCAGCCGCUGGCCGAGUCUGGUAAGGAAACCGCGCCGCGCAGCCGGGCUCCCGAGGGAAGGCGGACGCCCCGCGUCCCGGUGUGCUGGCUGGCGCCGCCCUGCCCGGGCCCAGCUCCGGGGCUGCGGAGACGGCUGAGCCCGCCGGGCGGCUGGAAGCGCCGCGCAGGCGCGCGUGUUGCGGUGACUGAGGACGCGGGACCAGCCUCCCCCAUCCCUUCCUCUGGGGACCUGCCCCUCCAGGAGACCCCAGACUCCUCCACCAGCCCCUGUGCCACCUUACCCAGCUCCCUGGAGGCCUCAGACAGAAAGGAGGGGAAGGGCCCACCUAAGAAGCAGAAGAUCCGCACUGUCUUCUCAGAGACACAGCUGUAUGUGCUCAGAGACCGUUUCCAGAGGCAGCAGUACCUCAGCCUGCAGCAGAUGCAGGAGCUUUCUAGCCUCCUGAACCUCAGCUACAAGCAGGUUAAGACCUGGUUCCAAAAUCAGAGAAUGAAAUGCAAGAGAUGGCAGAAAAGCACUGGGCUGCAGAAUGGUGCUGGUGCACCUGAGAAGGUUCCAGCUCCAGCAGAGUACCCAGGUGUCUGCUCCAACUAUGCCCAGAGCUGCCUGGUGAACACAUCUGGGAACCUUCCCAUGUGGGGCAACCAGACCUGGAACAAUUCAGCCUGGAGCAGCCAGACCUGGGGCAGCCAGUCGUGGGGCAACCACUCCUGGAACACACAGAGCUGGUGCCCCCAAACCUGGAACAGCCCAUUCCCCAGCUGCGAGGAGGAGUCGCUGCAGCCCUGCCUCCCCUUCCCGCAGAAUUUCCCCGCCAGUGACUUGGAGGCCAUGCUGGAAGUAGUUGGGGACAGCCACAAGUAUUUCAACACCCCCCAGGACCUGGAUCUGUUCCUGAAUUAUGCUGGGAACCUGCAGCCUGAAGAUCUAUGAAUGCACAUUCCUUUCCUUCCUGCAGUUUUGCUGUUUUAGGGUGGUACUGGUUCUCAUUGUGGCUUUUUUUUUUUGUUUUUUUUUUUUUUUUUUGGUACCAGGGAUGAAACUCAUGACCUUGUGCUUGCCAGGUGGGCUCUUGUGCUGCUGAACUAAGUCCCCAGCCCCUUAUUGUGGCUUUUGUGACAACACUGGGACAUGGGCAGUACUGGAGUCUGAAGGAGGAGCCUUGUGUGCUGCAGGGAAGUGGUGUUUGGGUACAGCACUGUCAGAUGUCUGGAUAGGGAACCCAACUCAAGGGAGACAUAAAGCUGUGAUGAAGCGUUGCCAUUUUCUGGGAAUGCAGGGCUUUGCUUGUUAAAACUGCAUGCAUCCUGUGUGGGAAUUAGGGUAGGGUGGGUGCUCCCCUAUUAUGCUUGAGGUUCCAUUUCUGGAACUGCAAAAA